GUUCUUUUCCCCUUGCUGUCAACGCGUUACAGCGUGCGGAGAACAUCCGAGGCUGAUCACCAACUUGAGCAACAUCACGUCCUCUAGAAUCCACCACUAUUUCUCCAUCAUCCAAGCCGGGGCCAAACUCCUGUCAUGGGAGACAACAAGGCUUGCGAACCGAUGAGUUUUUGUACGGUAAGCUCGCUAUUGAAAUCCUCCUUGUUGCAUCAACCUAAUGCCACUGGGUGAAUCGCAUCUCGUGCUAUAAGCAAGAAUCAAGAUGAGGACGAGCAACAGUAGGACCAUCAUGUCCUUUGGACGGCUGUUUGCAGUCAAGUCAUGGCCGUCAUAUCCUAAUCUUCAAGCCGCUCCCUUUUUCUCGAUUGGACAUCGUGGUAGUCGUUCGGAUCCGUUCAAGACCAGAGUUUCCCUAGUUGCUCGUCGUCUUCAGUCCACGUCCACCACCACCUCUGCUACCGGAGAAAUCAUCCAAUCCAUUCAGCCCAUUCCCAACGGAACUGGCAAUUACGCCACUGUGACUAUCAGCAACCACACACGACUUAACAGCCUGAACAGCAGACUCAUCGCUCAACUGACUCAAACAAUGCAUACAUUAGCCAAGGACUCUACGUUAAGACUGACGAUUCUUCGAGGUUCUACGCCAGAGGUCUUAUCAGACUCAUCGUCGACAACGACAACGACGCCGCCAACUACGUUGAAGAAACACGUUGCGUCAUUUAGUUCUGGUGCCGACAUAUACGAAAUGAGCCGACUAGCAACGUCAGAAGAGGCACGAGUGUUCAUUUCGAAACUAUCAGGUCUAUGCGAGAGUAUACGACGACACACGACAGUGACGGUAGCGGCUAUCGACGGACUGUGUUUCGGCGGAGCGUUAGAAGUCGCGGCGUGCGCGGACUGGCGAUAUGCGACUCGGACGUCGACGUUUGGAAUGCCAGAGACAAAACACGGUAUUCCGUCCGUGAUACAUGCGCGGCUGCUAGCCAAUAUUGUUGGCUGGCAACGGUGUCGCGAGUUGGUUUAUCUCGCGCGUGUCUACGACGCAGAUACGAUGUUUAGCUGGGGUCUUGUCGAUGUGCUUGCGGAUGAUGCGUCUGCUUUGCAAGUUGAGAUCAGUGCUCUAGUGCGUGAGACCGCUACUCUGGGUCCCCAGGCUUUGAGGGAACAAAAAGCUUUGGUCACCGCUUGGGAGGAUCUCGAUUUCCGUCAGGGUAUUGACGCUGGUGUGGACGCUUUUGCUAACAUGUGGCGCGAUGGUGGGUCUGAGCCAAAGGCCUUUAUGAAGCAUUUCACCGAAAGAAAGAAGAAUGCAAAGGCGUAAAGGUUGUUGCUAACGCUAGGGCUAGUGCCAUGGGGAUGGGCAUCGUCAAUAAAUCAUAUAAACAGUCAAACCUGG